AUGAAUUAUACAAAAACAUGUUACGAAAAUCAACGUGAUCACAUCGAAUAUGUAUUUACAAUAACGACAACGAUAAAAAUUCAGGACGUCGAAAAACUGGGAAUGCAAUUGGGUUUCACUUUCGGAGGAAGGAAUUUCCAUAAUGUGUCAUUGGGUCAAGGUCAAGAACCCAUAGCGGAAGAAGCCAUAGAACUUUCCGCGAACGAAGGCCAUUGGGUAAUUUUGCAAAAUGUCCAUUUGGUGAGGAAAUGGUUGCCUACAUUAGAAAAAAAGAUGGAACAGUGCUCGGAGAAUCCACAUGAUGAUUAUCGAUUGUUCAUUAGUGCGGAACCCAGUCCUGAUCCUCAUGAAUCGAUAAUACCUCAGGUAAUAAACAAUUGUUCGUUAAAUUGUACACCGGGUAUACUAGAAUCAGCCAUAAAGAUCACGAACGAACCACCAUCUGGAAUUCAAGCGAACAUCCACAAAGCGUUGGAUAACUUUACCCAGGAAACUUUGGAGUCCUGCAGCAAGGAAACCGAAUUCAAAGCAAUAUUAUUUGCACUUUGUUAUUAUCACGCUGUACUUGCAGAACGUAGAAAAUUUGGGGCGCAAGGAUGGAAUAGGUCUGCAAUUAAAUUAGGAAAAGCUACUAAGUUUUUACUAGUGAUGAUAUUAGCAAAGUUUGUAAAUUAUAUUCUUCAAUAA